GCUGUUUAGGAAGUCUGUGCAGAAGGGACCGAGUUUGGAGUUCGUGACGGUGCCCUGAUAAAGUGGCUUUCGCACCGAGACUAUUUCACCGGGCAUAAAGGCAUCGCGAGGCCGAUAGGAAAUCGGAACAUUGUGCCUUCCAAAGACAGAGGAUGCCAAGAAACGAGCGGCAUGGGGCCAGACUAUGUCAAGAGGAACUGAAGGCCCCGGAGAGGCGAGUGACCCUGCAUGAGAUCUGGGCGAUCUGAAGUGAUGUCGAGGAACAAGAUGGAAGGGGGCACAAGCAAAUUUAAGACCCACACUGCAACUUUGUACAAGAAAAAGAAAUGGUCUUUUGUGUCUGAGAAAAGACCUCAGAAAUGGCCCUCUCAACAGCUGGAGAAUGAGCAGCCUCAGGUGUCUGUGCUGGGGAAGAGGAGGCGGGAUUCCCAGACACUGGCCCAGGAAACCUUGGAGAGUGAGUGGCCUCAAACAGCCAAGAGGAAGAAGAGAAGGAGGUCCCAGACACCAAUCCAAGAGAGUCUGGAGCAUGAGCAGCCUCCGGUGUGCAUGCUGGGGAGGAGCAGGAGGGAGUCCCAGACGCCAUCCCAGGAGACCUUAGAGAGUGAGCAACCCCGGAAAGCCAAGAGGAGGAAGAAGAAGAAAAAGGAGGAGUCCCCGCAGCAGUGUACUUCUUCCCUUCUGAAAAAUUCAGAAACCUUUCAUAAAGCUAAAAAGACCACUUCUUCCCACAAAAAGAAAAAGACUAGUGUUUGGGAGGUGGAUAUGGAAACUGGGAUCAUCCUUGUAGAUAAAGAAAACAUGGAGAACCUGCUAGAGACUUCUAGAAAGGAUGUGGAUAUUGUUUAUAUUGAUAUGAGCAAGGGACAAAGGUCAGCAAAAGUGAAUGAAACUCAAGAGGUGCCCCCUGCUGAGCCCCAGAAGCAUGGCUGUCGAGAGGUACACAGUGAUGUCAGGAGCAGGAGGAAACAAAAGCACCCCUGGAAAGUUGCACCCUGGGAUGCUGUCUCUGGGAGCCAGCCUGAGAGUGUCCCCCUGUCCCCAUCAGAGCCUGGGAGCCAGCCUGAGAGUGUCCCCCUGCUCUCAUCAGAGCCCUUGUCUUCUGUGGAUCUAGAAGGCAGAAGCACAGAAGAAGCAUGGUUUUGUAAAAAGAAGUCUAAAAAAAAAGUGUUCAGAAACCAGGAAUUGGAGACCGUCCCUGAGAGUCUUGAUAGCUCGGAGUCGAUCUCUAAGAGUCUUGAUAGCUCGCACUGGGAAGGAGUGGUUGGGGCUGGAGAAGAGGGUGAGAGCAUCAAAGAAUCCCACAGUAUCAGGAAAAAGUCCAAGAAAAAGAAGCACAAAUCCAUUGCUCUUGCUACCUCUAGUGACAGUGCCUCAGUGCUAGACAGCACAGCUGAGAAUGCCGCCGUGGACUCACCGGAAGGCAGUGGUACUUUGAGGGAAGAGGAUGUGGACUCCAGGCCAACGGAUCCAGAAGCCCAGGCUUGUUCCACCGAGAAGCGCAGGGAAGAGAUGCAGAGGUUAGAACCUACCUAUGAAGAAGAAAGCAAUUUGGAAUCAGCUAGCAAUUCUGCAACAAGAUAUGUAUCUGAAGACAGGAGCGAUUCAGAUGAAUCAGAUGUGGAUUUGGGUUCUGCAGUGAGACAGCUUCAAGAGUUCAUUCCUGACAUACGGCAAAGGGCAGCCACUACGAUCAGACGAAUGUAUCGAGAUGACCUCGGUCGCUUCAAAGAAUUUAAGGCACAAGGUGUGGCUAUUAGAUUUGGCAAAUUUUCUACUAAAGAAAAUAAACAAAUAGAGAAAAAUGUGCAAGAUUUCCUGUCCCUUACUGGAAUUGAGAGUGCAGACAAGCUUUUAUACACAGACAGAUACCCAGAGGAAAAGUCUCUGAUCACCAACCUAAAACGGAAACAUGCCUUCAGACUGCACAUUGGGAAGGGCAUCGCUCGGCCAUGGAAGCUUGUGUACUAUCGAGCAAAGAAGAUAUUUGAUGUGAAUAACUACAAAGGCAGGUAUAAUGAAGAAGAUACUAAGAAGCUGAAGGCAUACCAUUCCCUUCAUGGAAAUGACUGGAAAAAGAUUGGGGCCAUGGUGGCCCGAAGCAGCCUCUCAGUGGCCCUCAAAUACUCUCAGAUUGCUGGUAAUAGAAACCACGGUGCUUGGAGUAAGGCAGAAACCCAGAGGCUAAUCAAGGCUGUGGAGGAUGUGAUCCUAAAGAAGAUGUCUCCCCAGGAUUUAAGAGAACUGGAUUCUAGACUCCAGGAAGACCCUGAAGGUCGCCAGUCAAUUGUCCGGGAAAAACUCUACAAGGGCAUAUCAUGGGUGGAGGUGGAAGCUAGAGUGGAGACCCGGAACUGGAUGCAGUGCAAAAGUAAGUGGACAGAGAUUCUCACCAAAAGGAUGACCCGCGGUGGGUUCGUGUAUCGUGGGGUCAAUGCUCUACAGGCCAAGAUCACCCUUAUUGAAAGGUUGCAUGAACUAAAUGUGAAUGAUGCUAAUGAAAUAGACUGGGAAGACCUUGCUGGUGCUGUAGGGGAUGUCCCUCCACCUUUUGUUCAGGCAAAAUUUUAUAAGCUGAAAGCUGCCUGCGUUCCCUUUUGGCAGAAAAAGACUUUUUCAGAAAUCAUUGACUACUUAUAUGAGAACAGUCUGCCUUUGCUAAAGGAAAAGUUAGACAAGAAGAUGGUGAAAAAAACCAACCAGAUCCAAACACCCUCAGCUCCCAAACAAAACUUCCUGUUCCAAGACAUCUUCCAUCGUGAUGAUGACAGCGAUGAAGGGGGCUCAGAGGAGCCCAGUGCCUCUGACGUGCAGUGACUGGGUGGCCUCUUCCCUCACACCAGUCUCUGCUUCCUUGGACUACUGUUGUGCAUCUGCCUGCUUGCAUAUGAUGCCUCUCCCAUGCUGGGCAGCGGAGUCCUGUGGUGUUCUGCUGGGGUACUUGUGUACUUCAUAAAAGCCCAGCUGUUAAUCUUGGAAGAGUCUGUCAACUGGAGCACAACCCCCACUGGAUUCUCAGGACUGGGUGAAAGGGGCACUCUUUGGUCAAUCAGGAGAGUUAAACCAACUGUGGGUGUUUCAGAGAGAGAACUUAGGGUUUAGGUAACAAGUAUUGCACAAGAUCUAUGCAUGGUGGUGUAUAUAAUACACUGUGGAGAUGGGGCGGGGGGGAGUGUCACAGGAUUGAGGCCAACCUGGGCUACGUAGUUCCUCAAGCAUACACACAUGAGAUGGGAUGCUGGAACAUCUUCCAAUAGGAGAAGCACAUUGCCCAGAGAGCAGGCAGGCACCACAGAGACGCUCUGGCUCUGUAGUCCCCAAUUCCCCUGUGUUCCUACCAGUUAGUCCCAAUACCCAUGCUGUCUGCUACUGCUGCUGCCAUGCAGAGAAAUGUGUUCAUGUGUGACUUAGCAGAACGCUGCUGCAAGAGAGUCUGGAACACCAAAUGUUCGGACUUCUAUCGCAUCUGUGCUAGGGAGACAAAGGAAAGUAUGACUAAUGAAACCGUAUACUGCUGUCUCUGUUGGUGCCACUUGGCAAUCUACUGUCCCCCAAGAACUCUCAGACGUAAUUUCUGUAGCACCAUUAGAAGAUGGGCUAAACCAAGCACCGUGACAAGGAAGCACACUGAUAGGGGCUUCUGCUUGCCACGUACCCAGUCCUUCCACAGAUGUGCAGAGAGCGGAGUAAUCAGGUGGAGCACACUAAUGCACCCAGCAUUCAUGUCAGGAGGGCCAUGAGUUCAAAGUGGUCCUUAGAAAUAGCAGGUUCUAGGCCAGCCUGGGCUAUAGAUGACUGCCUUGAACAAACACGCGAAUUAAACAUUGUGUGAAUGAUGUUAUUUUAGUACACAGUUCUCUACCCCGCCCCUUCUGUCCCACAGGCAUUCUAGUCUCUGUGCUGACAGGACUAAACUCCUCCUACAAAAUUAAUAGUACUAAUGUCUAAACCAAUUCUAUGUUUGUAAUAGAGAAAAAAAAUGAAUAUUCUUUAACAGGACGUAUAGUCCUAGAAUGGAAUAUUAUAUGGUAAAUUAAAGUGAAGACUAUAGAUCUGGUUGACAUGAAAGUAUAUUUUUGUGAAGUGUUUCAAAAGAAUAUAUAUUUUCUUGGUUUUAUAAAAAUGAAAAAUAAAAGAAUUGGUUGUUUAUGCA